UGAGAUGCAGCACCAACAGAGAAGAGAGGGGGAGAUGGGCAGAGGGAGGGAGGAAGAGGAGAAGAGGGAGGGAUAAGAAAAGAGAGUAGAGAGGAAGGAGACGUAGCAGAGUGGAAGAGGAGAGAGUGGAAGAAGCACUGAAAUUUAAAAAAAAAAAAAAGAGUGAAGAGAGAGAAAGACGAGACAAGUGCAGCCAAAAGACAGGAGCAAAUGUGAGGAGGAGGAGGAGGAAGAGGGGAUGGUGCUGCAGCUGAGCAUCUCUGCCUGACUUCUGUGGAGUUUGGACUCGGACUUGACAGAGAUGCAGCAUCCGAGUGUCUGAGCCGGAGCAUCUCCAGUUUGUGUGUGUGAGAGCGCGCGUGUGAAUGUGUGUGAAGCCAUGGCGAGCGCCCAGCCGGGGGUCCACGCACUGAAACUCCAGACUCCCUCCGUCUCUCACACACUGAGGAAUGGAAGUAACUUCAUUAAAUGGGACGAGGAUCUGUCAACUGUUACUCCAGUGACUCUGUACGUGGAUCCACAUGGAUUUUACCUCUACUGGACUGAACAAAACAAGGACACAGAGCUGUUGGACCUGACCCUCGUCAAAGACGUCAGAACGGGUCGAAGCACCAAGACACCGAAGGAGGCCAAGCUGCGGGAGCUGCUGGAUGUGGGAAACCUGGUUGGCCGUCUGGAGAACCGCAUGGUUACCGUGGUUACGGCUUCAGACCUCGUAAACGUCAACCAGCUCAACUUCAUCGCUUCACAGGAGGACGAGGCCAAGGUGUGGUGUGAGGAACUGUUUUCUCUGUCCUCCAAUCUGCUGAGCCACAAUCUCAACAGAGACCGCAGUCUGCUGAAAGCGUAUGUCAAGUUAACUCUCCAGCCGAACGCAGAGGGGAGAAUCCCCGUCAAGAACAUCGUCCGACUGUUUUCAUCAGACAGAAAGAAAGUGGAGAAUGCCUUGGAGAACUGCAGACUGCCCUAUGGACGGGGUGACGGCAUCAAACUGGAGGACUUCACGCUUGAAGUUUACAAGAGCUUUUUGGACAGCCUGUGUCCUCGUCCUGAGCUCAGCAACAUCUUUAAACUGCAAGGAGGGAAGGACGGGACCUUGUCCGUCGAUCAGAUGACAGAGUUCAUCAAUAACAAACAGAGAGACCCGAGGCUGAACGAAAUCCUCUACCCGCCUCUUCGUCCUGCACAGACGCACACUGUAAUGGAGAGGUACCAGCAUGACCAGGCACAGCUGAAGCAAGGCAUGAUUUCUGUCCAGGCGUUCUCCAGUUAUCUGUCCAGUGAUGAGAAUGGAGUCAUUCCACCAGAGAAACUGGACCAGUCUGAAGACAUGAGCUUCCCCCUGUCCCACUACUUCAUAAAGUCAUCACAUAAUACCUACCUGACAGCGGGCCAGCUGGCAGGCAGCUCCUCAGUGGAGAUGUACAGGCAGGUUCUCCUGGCAGGAUGCCGCUGUGUGGAACUGGACGUGUGGAAAGGAAGAACCGCUGAGGAGGAACCUGUCAUCACGCACGGCUUCACCAUGACGUCAGAAAUCUCUUUUAAGGAAGUGAUCGAAGCCAUCGCAGAGUGCGCCUUCAAGACCUCUCCUUUUCCUGUCAUACUCUCCUUUGAGAACCACGUGGACUCUUUGAAGCAGCAGGCUAAGAUGGCUGAAUACUGUCGAUCCAUUUUCGGAGAUGCGCUGCUGAUUGACCCUCUGGACAAAUACCCUCUGGAGUCAGGUGUCCCCCUGCCCAGUCCUCAGGAGCUGAUGGGCAAAAUUGUCAUCAAGAACAAGAAAUCCCACAAACCCUCCAACAACACCGACACCAAGAGACUGACGGACCAACCUGCCAAUCAGAGCAACGAUCCAGUGUCUCCUAGCAACAACACAGGAGAGAUGGAGGCUGAGAGUGAGGAAGAUGAUGAUGAUGACGAUGAUGAUGGUAAAAAGGGCUCAGCGGAGCGGGAGGCCGUGGCCACGGAGGAAAUGUCAACUCUGGUGAACUACGUCCAGCCCACAAAGUUCAACUCCUUCGAAGCGUCCAAGAAGGCAGCCCGCUGUUACCACAUGUCGUCUUUUGUGGAGACCAAAGCUUUGGAGCACCUCACAAAGUCACCAGUGGAGUUUGUAGAAUAUAAUAAAUCCCAGCUGAGUCGUAUCUACCCCAAAGGAACCAGAGUCGACUCGUCAAACUUUAUGCCUCAGCUCUUCUGGAACGCCGGGUGUCAGCUGGUGGCUCUCAACUAUCAAACCAUCGAUCUGUCCAUGCAGCUGAACCUCUUCAUGUUUGAGUACAACGGUCGCAGCGGCUACAGACUGAAGCCGGAGUUCAUGAGGCGGCCGGACAAACACUUUGACCCUUUCACAGAAAACACAGUGGACGGCAUCGUAGCUAACAUGAUCUCUGUGAAGGUGAUUUCAGGCCAGUUCCUGACUGAGCGGCGGGUGGGCGUGUACGUGGAGGUGGAGAUGUUUGGACUUCCUGUGGACACCAGGAGGAAGGCGCUGAAGACCAAAACCUCCCAAAACAACAACGCCAUCAACCCGGUGUGGGACGAAGAGCCCAUCGUCUUCAAAAAGGUGAUUCUUCCCACUCUGGCCUCUCUGAGAAUCGCUGCUUUUGAGGAAGGAGGAAAGUUUAUCGGUCAUCGGAUUAUUCCAGUGUCUGCCAUCCGACCAGGUUAUCGUUACAUCGGCCUGAGGAAUGAGAAGAAUCAGUCUCUGAUUCUACCGGCUGUGUUCGUCUACAUCGAGGUCAAAGACUACGUCCCAGACACCUUUGCAGAUGUGAUCGAGGCUCUGUCCAACCCCAUUCGAUAUGUCAACCUGCUGGAGCAGAGGUCCAAACAGCUGGCGGCUCUGACUCUGGAGGACGGGGAGGAGGAGACUCAGACUGAGGAUGAAGCCGACAGCUGUGCAGAGCGGAAGAACGACCUGAAAUCAGCUCCACUGGAAAACGGACUCAGCCCCGCCCCUGGUCCUGCAGGACACACCCCCAUCGCCACGACGCCCAAAGCUUCCGCAGCCAAUCAGCAAACAGCGACGACAGAGGCACCGAAACCUGCAGCAAAGACUGAGGACCUGGUGUUAAGUGUUUUGAUAGAUGUCCCAGUGUGCACCAUAGAGAGUCUGCAGCAGAGCAAGGUUUACCAGAAGGAGCAGAGACGUCAGUUCAAAGAGCUGAAGGAGUUGGUAAGAAGACACCAGAAGAAAACGUCGGAGCUGCUGCGAGAGUUCAACAACAAGUACAAGAAAACGGCCAGACAGUGCAGCAAGAGCCGGGGUUCGUGUUCGGACAGUGAGAAAGACGAACGCCUCCAGCAGCUGAGAGACGAGCAGCAGCAGCAGCUUCUGGCUCUGAGGCAGGAGCAGUACUACAGUCAGAAGUAUCUGCAGAGAGAACAUAUAAAAACGCUGACGGAGCGACUCAGCAGUCUGGCGGAGGAGAGUCACAACAGCCAGAUGAAGAAGCUCAAAGACAUCUGUGACAAGGAGAAAAAAGAGCUGAAGAGACAGAUGGAUCGAAGGAGGACAGAGAAGAUCAACCAAGCGAAGACCAAAGAGAAGCAUCUGGCUGAGGAGGAGAAGAUUGAGAUCAAUAAGUCCUACGUCAAUGAAGUCGUCCAGAACAUAAAACGGCUCGAGGAGACUCAGACAAAGCGCCACGAUCAGCUGGUGGAGCAGCACAACGGGCUCCUGCAGGAGAUUCAAGACCAGAAACCAAAGCUGCAGGGCACCAUCGAGGCAGAGUUUCAGGAGAAGUUCCAGUGUUUGCCCGGAGAGAUUCAAGACUUCCUGCAGGACAGGAAGACAGAGGUCAGAGGUCACAGCAAGUCCCGGCCAUCAACCCCUCACGAAACUCUGUCAGAGGAGGACUGAAGAAGCAUGAAGAGGAAGGAUCGAUGAAAAUCAAGAAAGUGCAGGAAGAAAGAGGAAGGAAGAAAAAGGCAGUGAGGGAGUAAAGAAAAGAAGAGAUAUUAAGAUUAUAAAGACUGUUACUUUUCUUUUUAAUGGACGAAUGCUUUAACAGUUUUUUAAAUUCCAUUCUAGCAUGCACUUUGCUGUUCUUCAGCAUUUAAUCAGAACACAUUUAGUCUUAAUUUCUGCUAUUUUGACAGACAACUGAAACCCAACGGUUUGUACUGCAUGACAACCCUAUCUAUCUAUCUAUCUAUCUAUCUAUCUAUCUAUCUAUCUAUCUAUCUAUCUAUCUAUCUGACAGUUUGUGCAAUGUAUUUCUCUUGAACAUACAUCAGACUCGAGGCCCAUCUCUAUUUCAUAUACACACACGGAGACGUCAAACAGUCGCUACAAAUCCAAACCACACGUUUAUUUAUCUUCUUAUUAGCCCACUAGCUCAACGUGGUUGCCACAGCAACCUGGUCGACAGUGGUCAGAAUCAAACACACGGCGAUGCUAAUACGCUUAGAAAGGAAACAGUAUUACAAUCUUAUUGUUUUAAACUUUCGUAUUGUUCUUUUUUUCUUUCACGCUCACACAGUUGCGCACAUUCCCACUUGGAAGCUGCCCAGUACGACCACAGCCUGACGUGAUCUGGCCUCUGAGCAGUUUAACUGGAGCAGAUGGAGGUUAAUGGUUUUAGCUCACAGGCUCCUCAGCUGUGGUGAUGACGGGGGGGGGGGGCACAUGCUGCUCUCCACCCACAUUUAUCCACCACAUCUUCCUGCUGGUCUAAAACUGAGAAAAUACGGUACAAUGACAUAUAUUAUUGCACACUAUCAUAAUAUAACACAUAUACUAUGUCAUAUGAAUACUUAUACUUUAUUAUGAAUAUUGUAUACUUUUAAUGAUACUGGAAAACACACACACACACACACACACAAUUCAUUUUCAAUAGGAGCUGAAUUUUGUGAUAUUUAUUUAUCUAUUUAUUUUAUUUUAUUUUAGGCUCAUGGUUUCAUGCAAUAAAUCAAUGCAUCUAAUGUCAUGUAAUAUUUCAAGAGUAUGUUACCGGCCCUUUCUUUUUUUUGUGUGUGUGUGUGUGUAUUGUACCUUAGGGUGGUUGUUCAUGUAGAAGCUUAACAAUCAUCCAUAUAACCGGUAAGACCUUCACGGGGGUGAAGGCCUCAUUCAGAAUAUUUAUGAGUGUGUUAACACACUUGUUGUAGAGCGAUCAUCGGCAUGAGUUUAAUGUGAUGAGGGAGGAUAAAGGGAGCAGACUCAGAAACGACCUGUCUGCACUUUGUGUUUUACAAGAUUUAUGCCAGAAUACCCCUGGAUCAUUUAUUUAUUUAUUUAUUUAUUUAUUUAUUUAUUUAUUCAUUCAUGAGGUUUGUGGGAAAAUGUGUCAAGGGCAGAUUCAGCUAAGAAACAGAAAUUAAUACAAUAAUAUUAUAGCAUGACAGUUAACUUAAGACUUUUGUGGAUUUAUGGAUCAUCAGACUUUUACUCACAUAAUGUUUAAGGAAAGGGAGAGGAUUGGCACAGAAAGAUUAAAGGACUAAGAACAUGUUUUAUUUUGGGGGGGUGUUGGCGAAUGAACCCAUUUUUGAUUUGUUUUCUGAAGUUUUCUGACCAGUAGCAGCAACAUCCCCAGAGUUUUCUCGGACUGCUGCACAAACGGUCGGACAGCUGUCAGAUGUGGAGCCAAAGACUCUGCUGCCGCUGCAUGAUUUAUUUGUUUCGAUGUGAAAGUUGUUUUAACAUAGUUAUCACCCUGAUGAAUGUUUCUUUAUUUACAGUAUUUAUUGUUGAUAAUUCAGUAACAAGAGCGUCAUUUAUAAAACUGUUUCAGACUUCUUUUUGUAAAAAAAAUGUAAAAUGAAUGGAGCUUGUGACUCUUUGUACAGUGAUCCUCCAGAAGAUUAUUGGUUGGAACAUUUUCCAUGUUUUGUUUUUCCUCUAGACUUAAACAACUAAGGCUUAAGCUGCGUUCAACAACCUUUUCUCAGAGAAUCUUGGCUUUAAAUUGAAGCCACUGUUGAACGAUCUUGUACCUGACCUACACUGCAAUUGAUUCAGAUUCAGCUGCAAAAUUAAAGUUCAUAACUAAAUUAUCUGUUAAAACAUGUUCAUGUCCAGGUUCUCCAGCAAAACGCCUUGUUGAACGCACCCCAGCUUUAGUGAUUAAACUGAGCAUGCUUUACUGUCUUAGAUUUCUCCACCUGUUUAAUCGUUUCCUGGUUUUACUGAAUGCUAUUUUAAGACCGAUUGAAAGACCAUUAAAACAUUUGAUCUAAAA